AUUUGAAAUAUUCACUGUUGAGCAGCGAACGGUGGAAGGACGGAGAAGAAUUACUCUGAGUGAUAUUGAAGCACACCUUUCGUAAUACAUCGGAAGAUUUUUCUUCGAGUUUAACUGAAAGCUUCUUUUUUCAUUGUAUAACAUGCCUUUCAAGUCACUUACUGAUGCCGAAUAUGAAGACAUAUUUAAAGCAGCCAUUGGUGAUUGUUACGAAGUGGAAAGCAGUUUUGUGGGCGAUAUUUGCAAAUCACUUGCAUACAAAGGAUGCAAUAAACGUAAAACUGUUGAGGAUGAAGUAGUGACGCCUAAAGAAAACGAAGCGUUAACACCUGGGGAGACAGCAAAACAUGAAAGUCACACAUUAGUCACCAGAACGGAAAAUGUUUCAGAAAAACCAAAGAAAGUCAAACUCUUUUCUGCUCCUGAGAUACUCGGUCAAAAGAAGAUUAUUCCAGUAUUCAAAAGUAAACCGAAAACGAAAAUUCAAGAUUAUCCAGAAAAUAAUGCUACAAAAAAAAGCCCAGAGAAGGGAAAAGAAAAUGAUAAUCCAGAACAAGCACACGAAAAUGCCAAAAGUGGAAAGAAAAUAAGGAGAGAUGACUCCCUCGAUUACUGCAAGACAACAAGUAAAAACAAAGAAAGCCCACAGAAGGCAAAAGAAAAGGAUAACCUGGAACAAAAACACCAAAAUGCUAAAAGUGGAAAGAAAAUAAGAAGAGAUGACUUCCUUGAUCACUGCAGGGAAACAAGUAAAAACGAAGACUUGGAUGAAACAUGCUAUGCAACAUCUACUGAAAAGGCAUCUCCCAUCAAGUUAGAUAAAGAAUCUUCUGAAAUGACUGUCACUGUCCUCAAAGGCAAUAAAAAUGUUAAUAAAAAUAAACUGCCUUCAAAGACAAGUGGGUCAUCCCUCAUAAAAUUAGGCAAAAAAUCUUCUGAAAUGAAUUCCACUGUUCACAAAGGCAGGAAAAAUGUUAAUAAAGACAGAAUGCAGUCUGGGACAAAUAGCUCAGCUACUAUGAAAAGUACUUCGCAGACAAAGAAGACUUCAAAGAAACCAAAGUUGUCCAACAGUACUAAGGAAAUGGAACCCUCAGUUGAAGCAGAUGAAUUAUCACCUAAAUGCCAGAGCUCUAACAAAACUACGACACCAGCACCAUCAGGAGAAGUUCUUUCAAAAGAAAGACCAUGUAAACUAACUCUAUCCUCAAACUCAAAGGUGAAUUUUUGUGUUGUUUAAGAUGAAAUGAAAACAUGAGUUUUUAAGAUAUUGUAGUUUUACAA